AUGACUGUCGCUUGGCCAGCGCCGCAGACGCUGCCCGCCCACGCGCGCGCCGUUUCGAGCCUCGCGUUCGCUCCAAACGAGACGCUCCUCGCUUCGUCAUCCGCCGACUCGAGCGUGAAGAUCUGGCAGCUCCCGUCCGAAUGCGACGCCUCAACGACAGGAACGACCGCACUCAAGACCUCUCUAUACGGCCAUGAAGCAGGUGUCUCGGACUGCUGCUGGUCCCCCGACGCGCGCCACGUGGCGUCUGCCUCGGACGACUGGACAGCGCGGCUCUGGGACGUUGAGACGGCCAAGACGCUGGCUACACUGGGCGCGGCCCACCGGAGCUUGGACGCGGCGCUCUGGACGCCUCUGUCGCUGCUGAAAGGCCCGUCUGGGCCCAUGAAACUGGACGAAGAUGGACUGCACACUGCUGUGGUGGCGGCGGACGCAGCUGCUGAAUCGCACACGGGCUUUGUAAACUGCGUGGCGUUCAAUCCGCAAGGGUCGCUUGUGGCUACAGGCUCACACGACGAAAGCCUGAGGCUCUGGGAUGUCCGCAGUGGCAAGACCGUUGCGGUCAUUGGCGCCCAUCAAGAGCCCGUUGUGAGUGUGCAGUUUCAUCCGACGGACGGCUCGUUGCUCGUGUCUGGCGGCUAUGACGGCCUCGUGCGUGUGUGGGAUGUGGCGUCUCGUCAGUGCAUGCGCUCGAUCAUCACAGAACCAGCAGCACCGGUGGGAAGCGUGAGGUUUACGCCGAACGGACGGUACGUCCUGAGCUCGACGCUCGAUGGCACGUUGCGUUUGUGGGACUACGUGCGCGAUGUGUGCGUGCGCUCGUACAGUGGUCACAUGAAUCGUAAAUUUGGAAUGCAGUGCGUCUUCUUGCAGCAGCACGACAAGCAGCCGGUCGUUGUGUGCGGAUCGGAAGAUCAUCGCAUUUUCGUGUGGGACGUGGCAUCGCAGGAAGUGGUCUCAGUCUUGGCUGGGCAGGAUUAUCCCGUGCUUGCGCUUGCUGCGCAUCCGACGCGUGCGCUAAUGGUCUCGAGCUCGAACCAGGAUAUCAAGGUGUGGACUCCUAGCGACGAAGCAGAUGGCAACGGAGAUCGAUGA